GAUCCCAAGUGGCCAUUUCCAGGGCCUGGGUGUCUUUAGGCCCCUACUUGGUCUUCAAGGUCAUUUUGAGGCUAGAGGAGAAGCAGGCUUUGGAGUUAUCUCAUGAGGCAGGGAACCUUUGAGGUUUUUAACGCCAUUCCGGGGUCUUUCAGUAAUCCUCCUGUAACACCCCUGGCAGAUGCUUAUGUUCCUAGCAGUGAGAACCUCAUCACCUCAUCCGCUUACGGAAAGCAGAAACUGAAAAGGGCCUUUGAGAUCAUCUACAGGGCUCUCAACCACACUCUCAGGUGCCACUGACAGAACGGCCUAAGGGUUCACUGGAAGAAAGGGCUCCACCGACAAACUUCUGACUGGAUGCAGCCUCCACAUUGCAUAGUUAGGGAAAGUGAGGCCCAAGCAGUGAGGUCAGCCGGCGGCGAUGGAGAUGCCUUGUGCGUUACAGAAGAGGACCUGGCGGGUGACGACGAGGACAUGCCAACCUUCCCAUGCACCCAGAAAGGCCGGCCAGGGCCCCGCUGCAGCCGCUGCCAGAAGAACCUAUCUUUGCACACAUCGGUGCGGAUUCUUUACCUCUUCCUGGCCCUGCUCCUGGUGGCCGUGGCUGUGUUGGCCUCUCUGGUUUUCAGAAAAGUGGACUCUCUCUCCGAAGACAUCUCCUUGACCCAGUCUAUUUAUGACAAGAAGCUUGUGUUAAUGCAGAAAAAUCUCCAGGGCCUGGAUCCGAAAGCCCUGAACAACUGCUCUUUCUGCCAUGAAGCUGGGCAGCUGGGGCCAGAGAUCCGAAAACUGCAGGAGGAGCUGGAGGGAAUUCAGAAGCUGCUUCUGGCCCAGGAGGUGCAGCUGGACCAGACCUUGCAGGCCCAGGAGGUGCUCUCCACCACCAGCAGGCAAAUCUCCCAGGAGAUGGGCAGUUGCUCCUUCUCCAUCCACCAGGUUAACCAGUCUCUGGGGCUUUUCCUGGCCCAGGUGAGAGGCUGGCAGGCCACCACAGCUGGCCUGGACCUCUCUCUGAAGGACCUCACCCAGGAGUGCUACGAUGUCAAGGCUGCAGUGCACCAGAUCAACUUCACCGUGGGGCAGACUUCCGAGUGGAUCCACGGGAUCCAGCGGAAGACAGACGAGGAGACCCUGACCCUCCAGAAGAUUGUCACCGACUGGCAGAACUACACACGGCUCUUCAGUGGCCUGCGCACCACCUCCACCAAGACUGGAGAGGCGGUCAAGAACAUCCAGGCCACCCUGGGGGCCUCCUCACAGCGCAUCAGCCAGAACUCCGAGAGCAUGCACGACCUGGUACUCCAGGUCAUGGGCUUGCAGCUGCAGCUGGAUAACAUCUCGUCCUUCCUGGACGACCACGAAGAGAACAUGCAUGAUCUUCAGUACCACACCCACUAUGCCCAGAACCGCACCGUGGAGAGGUUUGAGUCUCUGGAAGGACGCAUGGCUUCUCACGAGAUUGAAAUUGGCACCAUCUUCACCAACAUCAAUGCCACCGACAACCAUGUGCACAGCAUGCUCAAGUACCUGGAUGACGUGCGGCUCUCCUGCACACUGGGCUUCCACACCCAUGCCGAGGAGCUCUACUACCUGAACAAGUCUGUCUCCAUCAUGCUGGGCACCACAGACCUGCUCCGGGAGCGCUUCAGCCUGCUCAGUGCCCGGCUGGACCUCAACGUCCGGAACCUCUCCAUGAUCGUGGAGGAGAUGAAGGCGGUGGACACGCAGCAUGGAGAAAUCCUUCGCAAUGUCACCAUCCUACGAGGUGCCCCCGGCCCUCCAGGACCAAGAGGACUCAAAGGAGAUAUGGGCGUGAAAGGGCCUGUUGGCGGCAGAGGCCCGAAAGGAGACCCCGGCAGCUUGGGCCCCCUGGGACCCCAGGGUCCUCAGGGGCAACCUGGAGAGGCCGGGCCUGUGGGAGAAAGGGGCCCUGUUGGCCCUCGAGGGUUCCCAGGCCUCAAAGGUUCAAAGGGCAGCUUUGGAACUGGAGGGCCGAGAGGACAGCCAGGCCCAAAAGGGGACAUAGGGCCCCCAGGGCCAGAAGGGCCCCCGGGGUCUCCAGGGCCCUCAGGGCCUCAGGGAAAACCGGGAAUUGCAGGGAAGACAGGGUCACCAGGCCAGCGGGGGGCCAUGGGGCCUAAGGGUGAACCAGGGAUCCAGGGUCCCCCUGGUCUCCCCGGGCCUCCUGGUCCACCAGGAAGCCAGAGCUUCUACUGAGGAGGGCUGUGGCAGGGCCACGGUCACACACAAUGCCGGAGGGGUGCAGAGCAGAUCCAGGCCCCAGAAAGCCUCACGUACAGACAGCUGUGGUCCUCUGAUUCCAAUGACGGGGUUCCCCAGGGCUGACCCUGCAGCUUUGGGCUCCCCCAUAGUGACUGUGCCAUAGGAAAGCAGCCCCUCCUCACACACACAUGUGCACAUGCACACACACACAUGCACACAUACACACAUGCACACAUACACAUGCAUGCACACAUGUGCACACAUACACAUGCAGGCACAUGCACACAUAUGUGCACAGGCACACACAUGUACGCACACACAUGCACUGCACACAUAUCCGUGCGCACAAACACAUAUAUACACAUGCACACACACAGAUUUUUCUGCUGGCCAGGUGGGCCAACUGGGUUUCCCUGGCUGGGCAGGAGGAGAGGGCAGAGGACGACCCCAUCUCCUGUGACUGAGCCUGCUAGGGAGGCAGCUACCUCGGGAGGAAGGUCUCACAUCUGUUUCUGGGCACCCAUGCUGGCCAGCAGUUUCCCAGGGCUCCCUGGGGUUGAAAAGCCCCAAGGAAACCUAUGCGGGUGGGGCGUUACUGCCAAAACUCCAGAAGCAAAGUGGACCUGGCAACCACAAGACCCUCCCUACAAGCAGGGGAACAGCAUACCCGGGAGCUGUCCCUGUCUGUCACAGCACAGUGGGGCCACGAGGCCGACAUUCUCUGGCCUUGCACACAGCGCCCCCUGAGAAGUUCAACAUUUAUUUCUUCACGUGUCCAGAAAAUGCCUCAAUUCAUCUUUGCCUCUGCCCUUCAGGAGCAUCCCGGAAGGAAUCCAAGCAGGAGUUUCAUCUGCAUGGGGGCACUCUGCAGGCCCUGGAACAUUGGGCCUGAGUGGAGAUGGGAGACAGAGGCAGGCCAGAAGGUUCUCUCUGCACAGCUGCCUCCCUUGCUCUCCCUGAGGCUGGCCUGCCCUAUUCCCCAAGGGGGCUCCUCUGGAGUGGUGGGGAGGAUCAGGCUGCAGAGGGGCCAACCCCUUGCAACAGGACAGCUCUCGCCUCCCGCACACGGCUCUCCUGAUCACAGCUGCGUGCCAACAUUGUCCCACCAGGACCCACAAUGGCCCAAGCCCUCUUUGCAUGGGCAGCCAGCUGGACUAGGAGUGGGAAGGGCCUGGACACCCACAGAGGCCCCCUCUGUCAUCACUCCUUGGCACCCACCAACUUCCUGCACACACUGGCAGAGAGUGGCGCUGGGAAAUCACCCCACAGGGUGGAGGUCUCCUGUUGGCUACACUCUAAAGCUGCUUUGCCUUCAUGUUUAAACAGAUUCAGUCACCCUCCACCCCCGCCCGCAAGGUUAGGGCAUAGAGUUGUCUCCUUCCCAACACGGACCCAGAGACCAGCCCUUCCGCACCUUCCUUGACUGUCCUGGAUGUGCAACUGGUUUGCACUGCACACCCCACGGCCAUGUAACUCUUCUGUCCACAUAUGAUAAUACCAUUCUGCAUAGUAUUACUGAGUCAGUAAAGAGCUAUUUCCAGGA